AUGCACUUAUUUAGUAGAAUAGAUUAUAAAUUCUCAGAUGCAACAGUAGAACUAGUUAAUUUUCCAGGUCAAGCAACUACAAUGCUUGGAAUGCUAAAAUAUCCAAAUGACUUUCAAUUUUUAAAAGGAAUGGAUCAAUUGUGGUACAAAGAUAAUAUAUCAACAGCAGUAAUUGCUGAUAACGUAGGAUUUUCAGUAAGGCAGCAAUAUAUAAUUCAAAAGCCAACUGCAAAAGGCACAUUUUUAUUUCGUAUUUCUCUAAGACAUAAUUUUCGAUUCUGUGAUGAUUAUGAUAAAGUUGUUUACGGAUUAAAACAUGGACUUCUUCUAGUAAGACAAGAUAGUGACAAUGCAAUUUUUAGAGCUAAUGGAGUAGCUGCAGGAAAAGUAAAUCUUAGUAGAAUAUCAUUAUUUAUGCCAAGUGUAACUUUAUCAAUUGAUGCAGAAUUAAAUCUUGUAAAAAUAAUUAAAUCAAGAGAAACAAUUCAAUUACCUUUUCGUUUAAGACACUGUGAUCAGGCAAUUGUUCCACAAAAUACAACAUUUGAUUGGAGAUUAGGUGUAAGAACUACUGAAAAACCUAGAUAUAUCAUUGUAGCGUUUCAAACAAAUAGAGAUGGAAACCAAGAACAAAAUACUUCACUAUUUGAUAAUUGUGAUUUACAAAACAUGUGGAUCGAACUUAAUGAUGAUAGAUACCCUGCUUCUAAUUAUUCAUUAUCAUUCCCAAAUAUAAAAUUUUCUAGAGCUUAUAGAGAUGCUGCAACUUUUAGUUGCAAAUUUUAUGGAAUGUCAACUCUUAUUCAUCUAAGUGGCAUAUCUCCUGGCAAAAGAUUCAAAGAGUUAAAAGAGUGA